CGAAUCACCACGCGCGGAGCUGAGUUGAAAACUUGACCUGGAGAAGAAGAGAGGAGAGAAGGAGAGAAGCAGAGAAGGAGAGAUGGGAGGAGGAAGAGGAGAAGUACUGAACGCAUACAGAGUGUUGCUUCGAGCGACGCGGAAAUCAUUCGCUGGUGACACUCUGAUGUUAAACGAGUCAGCAAUCGAGGUCAGGAAGAAAUUCGAGGAGAAUCGGAACGUUAAAUCCGAAGCUGAGAUAAAAAAGCUCCUUGACGACGCUCGCGAUGCUUCAGAUUUCAUCACCAACAUGAUCGUCCAGGCCAAACUCAACCCUUCCGGUGGCGGUUACGCGAUAAAGCCUGGUAAAGAGCAUGCUGGAGCAACAUUAGAGAUUCCUUCUGAGGAGAUUCUUCGAAAAUCUGUAUGAGAGAAGAAAUGGACGGACUGAAGCAUUUGUGCUUCAGGUUUUGGGCAUUGUAUGCUAAAUGAUGACUUUAUUAAUUUUGGGUAUUCUUAAGAAGCCCCAAGUGAGUGUGGGUCUCUUCCUAUUUGGAUUGAGGGAUAUAUCAAGAAGAAAGUUGUUGACCAACUGUUGUUUUUAGAUUUUGGAAAUAGGAGGGGUUCUAAUCUCUCUACUUGUAUCAAACUAUUUAGUCUCUUAAGAUGCGAAGGCUUUAUUUGGUUCUAA